AUGGACAAUGGCGUAAGCAGCAAUGCGGAAUUCCCAGCCGUCGACGGACUAUCCAAUCGCACGCGAUCUGGCAGCGCAAGCAACGGCCACAAACGAAACCUAUCCGGCUCUUUACUCUCCAGGCUCUCCUUCCUACGCCUGAGCCAGGCAUCUGCGCAAUCAGAAGGAAAAUCCCACGCCAUGGAGCAGGACGGGGACAACGAGGAUCUCCCGCCCACCAUCCCGCAUAUGAACAGCGAGGCAACAACGGGCGCCAGGGCAAUGUCGGCGGUGAUACAGCAGCAGCGCAAAACACGACGGCGAAGGGGAUCACUCCGGAAGACUGCAUUGCUAGGAACAAGGCUCGAGUCGCGUGAGAAGCGGGCUGCAUCCAAGUCCGCGGAUGCGACUACGCCUCGAUACAUGGGCGAGACGCCACGAUCUCCGAAGGACCAAAUUUCUUCUGGGGCGAAUAGCUUCGGGUCUCGCGAGAGCCUCGAAUACGAUGCCGAAGAUACUCAACCGAGUUGGUUCCGCUCCAACACAGCACAGAAGAUUCUCCGUUCCCCCGUGGCCCGGCGAAGACAGGGCCUUGCACCGCAUAACCUCCUCGGCGGCGAAGAAACCGGCACCGACGACGAGGAACUCGUCUCCUUCCCACGAAUAAACGCCUCAAAUAAUACCUCCACCAGCACGAGCUCAUCGAAAAAUGCACCCCCGGCGGCUCUCCACAUCCCUACACAAUCCGACUAUUCCUCCUACCCCCUCUCUACAGACCUCUCAACAGACGUGCCCUAUCGCACCGUGCACCGCGCCAAAUCGCCCCUAGCAACACACUCGGCGGAAAUGAAUAAUAAUGCAGAUACGUGGGACUACUCCGAGACCGAAUGGUGGGGCUGGAUCAUCCUUAUCGUGACAUGGCUGGUAUUUGUCGUUGGGAUGGGCAGCUGCUUCGAAGUUUGGAGUUGGGCCUGGGAUGUCGGUGAGACUCCGUAUGCGCCGCCGGAGUUGGAAGAUGAUCCUACGCUACCGAUUGUCGGGUAUUACCCUGCGUUGAUUAUACUUACGGCUGUUAUGUCGUGGGUCUGGGUUGUUGUGGCUUGGGUGGGGAUGAAGUACUUUAAACACGCUAAUAUAUCCGGGGAUGAUAGUUGA